AUCUUGGUUGAUAAAAAGUAGGAAUUCAAACAAAACCAAAAUCUUUACAUACAAGUCACACAAAGAAACCAUACGUCGACCAAUAGAUAUCGAAUAUCGACAAACAACAUUGGAAAAUUUUUGACUACGUCGAGCAUGGAAAUAUUAUAUUUUGGGGAAGCCGCCAAUCGUCAUCUCCGUUCCAAUUUUGCUGGACAAUCUGAGCUCUGAAGUUGUUCUUGCUCCGAGCCAGCCUCUGACGUUGCUGGUCUCUACUUCCGAGCACGGACAACUGCUUCAAUGUCCACCACGCCGUCUGCAAGAAAACAAGCGGCCGUCGGUCAAUCGGACGGCCGUGGAUCCGCCCCAAAGCCCCAGCGCAUCAGAAUCGGAAAAUCGAGUGACGAUGGCGAGAAGAAGAUUUUGAGCAGGAGACUCAAAGAUGUUGAACUUUGUGUCCCAAUUGUCUAUGGAACAGUCUCAUUUUGGCUGGGUAGAAAGGCCAGCGAAUCUCAGUCACAUAAGUGGACUGUCUAUGUUCGUGGGGCAACAAAUGAGGAUUUGGGUGUGGUGGUCAAGCAAGUUGCAUUUCAAUUGCAUUCCAGUUUCAAUAACCCAACAAGAGUGGUUGAAUCACCCCCAUUUGAGUUGUCAGAAUGUGGUUGGGGAGAAUUUGAAAUUGCCAUCACCCUUCAUUUCCACAGUGAUGUCUGUGAUAGGCAGUUGGAUUUGUAUCAUCAUUUGAAGUUGUAUUCAGAAGAUGAAUCUGGUCCCCAGUCAACAAAGAAACCUGUUGUUGUGGAAUCUUACAAUGAGAUUGUUUUCCCGGAUCCUUUGGAGAGUUUCUUUGCUCGUGUGCAGAACCAUCCAGCCAUUAUUGCCCCUCAACUGCCUGAUGGUCUUAACUUGCCAUCACCCGUACCAAUUGAAAAUGUGAAAGAAAAGAAGAGAGGUGAUACCAAAGAUCACCCAUUGAGUCAGUGGUUUUUGAAUUUUUCAGAGGCAGAUGAGUUAUUAAGACUUGCAACAGCUCGUCAGCAGGUGCAGGGUCAUAUUGGCAAGCUGAAACGACAAUUGAGUGUGAUGGAUGGGCCGCCUCCUUUAAAACCAGCCUCUGGUUAGUAGAGGCGCAAGAUCACGGUAGUUUUUUUUUUUUUUUUUCCUUUUUUGGUUUGUUUUUGGCUGUAAUUUCCUUGCUUUUUAGGGAUCUGGAAUAUGACUGGCACAUAUGAUAAAAUGUAAGUAUGUGGGUUAGCAAAAUUAUGGGGAAUUUUGUUAACUCCUUCAGUCUGUCCUUUGAUUUUGUCGAUCUUAUUUUAUCCCCGGGGAGUUGAAUAACGAGAGGGCUGUAUGCAACUACAAUGAAUGUUUAUUAACAUCUGCUUGACUAGAAGCAUAUAUAUGUGUUGUAUGUA